AUGUCCGCAAGUAUUUGGCUGAUUGUCACGUUGACAUUCUGGCUGCUGAUCACUAUUGCUCGGCAAGUUUUCGAUCUGAUCGGAAAACUAUGGAUCCCGGUCGGAUUCAAUCUGCUACAGAUCCUUUGCUGUAUCACCGGAUUAUUUGGUGUAUGUCAGAAACGAGUUUUUCUUCUGGUAGCGCUCACAAUAUCUACCGUAAUAUCAAUAUGUCAAAAUGUAUUAAUAUUUCUAUGGUAUAUCGGGAUAUUCGGAGAUAUCUCCAGACCGGUACUGUCAGCCGGUCUACCGUACUCCUAUUCGUUCUUCCUGAGACACACUCCUUACUGUGGAGCGCAUUUUGAUCUACAGAAAUCAAAAUGGGUCCAAUCACCGUGCAUACUACCGUAUAAUCAAAUCGAAGCGGGUCAAGCUCUGUUGCAUGUGAUUCUAGCGGCGAUCACUAUGAUCCUUAGCAUCAUAGUGAUCCUGGAACGACGCCGUGAGAAGGAUCGUCCCAAGAUGCCGUUGCCAGUACAGUACGCGCAGAUCAAACGGCAUCAUCGGCCAACAACGUCGUCACUCAACGAUAUUCGGAGCGGUUAUACGAACUCUUCCUAUGAUGAUAUGCGUACGGUAGCGUUGCCUGAACAUCGUAUCCCACCGUAUCCGUACGAGAGAAAUAACCGAAACAAAAGAGCAAGAAUACGACCAAAUUCGAUGCCACAACCACACUUCGAUCAAUAUUCUUCGGUGAAAUCGAUCGAUAAGGACGACAUCCAACCACAACCUCAGACAUUGAGGUCGUCCACAACAGUGAAUGGACGUUUCCGGAAGUCGUCUGAACAGCCACGUAGAGCUAGCAUGCAUGAGGAGCUGCGAGGUUAUGACGGACCCAAUGAGGAAGAAUUCGGAAAGAUCUCCGGAACGAUGACGUCACUAGUGAGUUUCGAUCCGAAGAGUCGCACAUUGCUUCGCGUACGGGAACAUCGUGAAUCUGAUGACGACGAGGCUGAGGGCUACUGUCAAAUAGGAAAGCAAACUUCAAUGGAUAGCGGGUUGUACGAGCGAAUACGCGAUAAAGGUACGGGAAAAUCCCGAGAUCGUCUUAAUUCCGUUGCAUCUCAAACGCUGGCGGAAUCUGGGAACAGUCAGGAAUCCGUACCGUCAUUUGUGGCGCCGAACUUUCACAAUGAAGAAACACCGCAUGACGUCAUUGUGCAGGACGUGAGCAGCUCCGAUUCCGGAUUCCCCGGUUCGACCGGCUCCGACUGGCCGGCCGCCUCAUCGCCACCUCGCCCGGGUCGUUGGCAAAGCGAUCCUGCGCCCAGUUGGCAAAUGGCCAAAAAGAGCAUGAUCAGCAAUUUGCCUGGGUUUAAGUUGGUGACCGACGAGGAGCGAUUCUCGGCUGCCGCGGCCGGUACGGAUCCACCUCAGUAUAAAUCCAAUUUCCGAGUGGAGAUCAUCGAAGAGGAUCGAACGAUUGCUGUUGGCCAUUAUCAUUCGAUCAACGAAUUCCAACUUACCGAUGAUCCGAAACCUAAACAAACUGUGCCAGUAAUUACGGGAGCUGGAUUGCUUGUUUAG